AUGUUGAAGUUGCACUUCAGCCCUGUGCGCUGCUGCGACAUUUCGACCGACGAGCGCCUGCUUCUUACUGCCUCGGACGACAAAUCCGUAAAGCUUACCUGGCUGGCCGAGCGCCGCUUCGCUGCGACGUUUGCAGGGCACUCGAACUGGGUGCGGUCUGCAUCCCUAUCCUCAAGCUCUACACACAUGGUCUCGGGUGGCGAUGACAAGACUGUGAAGCUUUGGGAUGUUGAGCAGAAGUCUUGCUUACAGACCUUCAGCGAUAGUGCUUCAAGCAUCACCUGUACUCGCUUCGGCUUGGGCGACCACGUUAUCAUCGCGAGCUCCUGGGAUUCCUGCAUCAAUCUGUGGGAUGUGCGCUCCUAUGGGAUCCGUCAGCAUUACGGCCGAGCCCAUGGAGGAAGUCCCAUUACCCAGGUGGCCGUCCACCCGCGCAGCGACCUGAUCUUGUCCUCUUCCUCGGACCGACAGCUGCGAGUUUGGGAUCUCCGCGCAGGGAAGCUUUGCUGCACUGUCCUUGGCCACGAGCGCCCGGUGCAUUCCUGCGGCUUCGAUGAAGCCGGGGACCACUUCCUCAGCUGCGACAGCGAGAUGGUCCUCUACUGGUCCUGUCCGCCUUUGGCAGCGCCCUGCCCUCCGGCACAGCCGGAGCCUACUCCCAUCUCUCUCGAGGCGGAAGAUGCCCUGAACCUCCCGAGUUCCGCGCCCAGGAUCGACGGCCCGGCAUCCGAAGCUGGCAGGAGCGCCGAGGCUUCCGACCCUCUCUUGGCCGGGGAGGCAGCCCCUUGGAAGCAGGCCGAGGUGCCCAGGAGCCGCAAGGCUCCGAAGGAGGAGCGUCUCCGGGAGGCUCUGCCCGAGGUAGUGGCUCGGAUGGUGGAGAAGAUGGUCACCGACAUGGCCUCUCUUCACCAAAACAGGAUCUUUGAGCGGGAAAGCCUAGGACCUAAGAGGUGCGAAAGGGGUCGUCUAACACGCAAGCUUCAGGUUCAGACGAGCAUCGAUUUUCAAAGAUUGCGUAAUGAUGUGGAAGAUCGUUGGGCUAGCCAGGUAAAUCCGAGCCAAUUCAUGUCUCUGGCUUGGCCAAUUGGGUUGGGCGACUUUGAGUGUGAGUGGUUGCUGGCCAACUAUUGCUUCCGGAAAUAA